AUGGCGCUUACCUCUCUAGUAACACCGCCAAUAUUUGCGGAUGCCGUACCGUUACUGUUCGACAUGGUGGCAUGGAAAUUUACCGUGGUUUUCUUAUCGCUGCAGUUGAUUUUUCAUUGGAUUCUGCCUCACGACAAUGUCUACCUUCUAAGUUCAACUGGUGAUCGGAAAAAGCCGGUGAAUGGCUUCAGUUCAUGUCUACUGAUCUGUUUACUGUACGUGAUGGGCAGUCGUCUAGGCAUGUACCGUAACGAUCUGUUGUAUAUUCACUUUGAAUCAGUCAUUAUGUGUAUGGCUGUUAUCUGUGUGACCGUUUGGCUGAUUUUGUUUAUUAGUUAUCGAUUCGGUGAUUACUGUAAUGUCACUACCGUAUCCGAGUUUUGUUUCGGAGUAGAACUGCAUCCAACAGUUCUUGACAUCGAUCUCAAACAUUUUGUCCGAUCGCGUAUCACUCUAGUUCUCUGGCCGCUGUUUAUCAUUUCUGCUAUUUUCUAUCAAAGAAAUAUCUAUGGAAGAGUAUCACAAAGUCUCAUGGCAAGCGGUGUCGUUCAAAUGGCCUACGUAAUGAGGAUUCAAUGGACGGAAAAUUUGGCCCUUAAUUCAUUGGACUAUAAACGUGCCAAUUGUGGAUUUUACAAGCUGUGGAGUGAUAUGGUGAUGUUCCCUACUCUCUACUGCUCAUCAACAGCUAUGCUAGCCUAUACUCAGAGGUCGAUCUCAUUGCUCUCGUGCUGCGUUCUUACCGUUGCUGCCUUCUUUUUCAUAUACCUUACAACAGUUAUUGAUAAACAAAAGUAUGACUUCAGGAGAUCAAAAGGAAUGAUAAAAAUACGUGGAGUGGAUCCUUAUUUUAUUUCGGCAAAAUAUAGAACUGAGACCGGUGACACGUCGGCAAAUCUUCUACUCGGAAGCGGUUACUGGGCAACAUGUCGACAUCCGAAUUAUAUGUCGGAAGCGGCUACGUUCGUCGUCUUCUCAGCGUUUCAAGGUUUCUAUCCCAUCUACUGCCAUGUACCUGCCGCUUUCGUGACAGGUUACCUUUUUGUUCGUCUGUGUAAUGACGAAUCACGUUGUCUGGUGAAAUAUGGCCAGGCAUGGAUGCAAUAUUGUAAUAAAGUACCUUUUCGAUUAAUACCUGGGUUGUAUUAA